UGACAUGUCAGGCGGAAUCCGCUUUCAAACUGUCAAACUUCUCAACAGAUUCGUGCGUGAUUUUGUGCGAGAAACGAAUUCCAUAUUCGCGGCAAACAUUAAAAUCUUUGAAAUAAACACGAAAUCCACCAGAAGGCUGCUUUUUUAAAACAUUUUAGUGCAGCAGUUUCAUCAUUCGAGAGCCAACAAUGGAACCAAUGGCGCUGGGAAGUCCAAGCGGUAGUCCUCUGCCCUCAACUAGCGGUUAUUUACCGUCGUUCCUCAUGGGAGACACACCUACAACGCCGCGAGCCAACACCCUGUCCCCAACCAAGGGCCGCACUUCGUUGGCGUUCACAGCACAGUCCCCGGUGGCGGCGGGUGGCUCCUUUGCCGGUCAAUCGCUCGAGUUUGGCCAUGGUGGGCGCCCCACCGGCAUGCCCCAGAAGUUCACCCUGGGUGGAUCGAACCUGAACCAGUCACACCACAACGUCAAUCACAACUCGAGCGUUACGGGCCCACCGACGCAGGGACUGUUCGAUUCGUUCCGGAACGAGAAGCAACUGUUUCAGACGCCGAGCAAAAACAUGACAACCGGCCAGGGAGCUGCAUCAGCUACGCCGGGAUUCCUUCAUCAGUCGGCGGGGAACGAUUCCUCAUAUUUGAAUCAAAGCGGGUUCAAUGUUUCAAGGGUAAUGUCACCGAUUCCGAUGGCCCGGGAUCAGGAUUUCAUCCGGAGUUCACCAGCAGUGGCCGCGAUGUCACAGUCUCACAUGAACCUUUCGCAAUCCGUUCCGCCCGGGUCGGACUACUGGAUAACGGUGUUCGGGUUUCCCAUUUCGGCGUCUUCCAUGAUACUGUCGCACUUUUCCCAGUGUGGAGCAAUCAUUGAGAAAGUGUUUGCCACCCAAAACGGGAACUGGGUCCACCUGAGGUUCACUUCGAGGCUCGAGUGCGAUAAGGCACUGAACUACAACGGCAAGAUAAUCGGACAGAAUCUGAUGAUUGGGGUUCAGUACUGCAAUGAUCCGGCCAUCGUGGGGAAGGAGAACAGCGACGAUCGAAAAGAAUAUUCCCUCAGCCGCGUCCGCUCGUUGACACACAUAGCAUACAAAAAUGCACAGCACCCGACCGAUGUGGUGCCGAGCCCUACGGCACCGACGCGAAGUUCCGGACUAGUAAAUAAGGCGAUGGACCUUAUAUUCGGCUGGUAGUAAAAUAGGUAAGCAAUUUUGGUGUGUGGCAUGCUUCAUGAUGUCCCCAUAGAGAACGAUCGGAUCGCGAGCGACAACUUGUGGUAACAAAUGAAUGUUAACUGUAAUAUGUGCAGAUUAGAUUUUGUUUUGAGUUGGUAAGGCAAUCGUUUUGUACGCACUACUAUGGCUAAGGUUUAUAAAGAAAGAUAACAGAAUAGUA